AUGGACCUUCCGCCGCCAUCAAAUGACUAUCAACAUGCACCUCACAUGUCUGUGCGGGUAGAUACACCUAUGAAUGAGGUUCCUUCGACAACUUGCUCUGAUGCUUCCCUGGACACUGCUCUAGAUUCCUUUUCAGCAACAGAGUUACGCCAAAUUCUCCGAAUUGCUGUACAGAGACACCCUUCUCUUGCUUCUGACAUUACUUCAGAAUAUGCACAGAGAGUCUCACUUGGUGCGAGCAAGACGGUCAACUUCGUACACUACAGCAAUUCUGUCUGGCAUACUUUGAAUUCUAAGCACUACUUGGACCCAGCCAAAGGACGACAAUAUGCCGAUAAAGCGGUUCAGAGGAUAGCAAAUGAUAUAUCGAGCGUUGCUACCCAAGUACAGAGGGAAAGCUCCCUCGUCACCAAGAAGAAUGCCCUAGAGACCUUGAGAAAGAUCGGCAGGAGUGUUUGUCUCGCCACAGGUGGUGUGGGAGAAAGAGUCAAGAAUGUCUUAGGCUCUGACAAGAUGUUUGUGGAUGCUAUGAUCAAAGUAGCAGACAGCUUCACGGAAGACGAUCGACGUACGCUAUGGGCUGGUGGCAGUGGCACGGAGAUAGUUAAACGCCUGGAACAACUGGAUGAGCUGAGGAGGUGCUAUCGCGUAUUCGAUAGGUUGGAUGUCGUGCUGAAGCUGUUGAAGAGAGAAGAUGGUUUUGAUGGAAGUGUUCAUUGCUGA